AUGAUUCCCUUCCUUUCCCUGCCCUCCGCCGUUCUUCUCGCCGCCUGCGCCUCCGCGAUCCCCGUGUCAGAUCAACAGCCUUUGGGCAGCGGCGUUUCCAGCGAUGCGGACAUUAUCAGCGGACGGCCCUCCCGUGGGCUUGCAGGGCGCUUUCUGCAUAUAACAGGUACAGGAGUCUAUCCGAAUGCAGCCCAGCGAUUAAGAAGUGCACUCGCUGACUACUCACCAGAUUUACAUCCAGAUAUACACUACGAAUCCGGUACCGACAAGGAUGACGCAUGCCACCGCGGGAAAGGCUCGGCGGGAUACUUUGGAGCCCAAGGAACGGAAUGCGACUCUCCUCUUACGCUAAUCAACCAAACCUUUCGAUGGAUUGAUCAGAAUUUGAAGGAUCAGGUCGAUUUCGUCAUUUGGACUGGAGACUCCGCCCGCCAUGACAACGACGAAUCUAUCCCUCGGACGGAGGAUGAAGUCAUCCAGCUGAAUGAUUUGACCGCGGACAAAUUCUAUGAGGUGUUCCAGAAGAAGGAUUCUCCUCGUGGUCUUUCGGUCCCGGUCGUCCCCACCAUCGGCAAUAACGACAUCAUGCCGCACAACAUCAUGAAGGAUGGCCCGAAUCGGUGGACCAAAAGGUUGUCGGACGCGUGGUCCAAAUUUAUUCCUGAACAUCAACGGCAUUCGUUCGUGGAAGGCGGCUGGUUCACAUCGGAAGUGAUUCCCAACAAACUCGCAGUGAUCAGCUUGAAUACCAUGUACUUUUUCGAGUCGAACUCUGCGGUCGAUGGAUGCAAAUCCAAGUCGGAGCCGGGCUUUGAGCAUAUGGAAUGGCUCCGCGUCCAGUUGAAGAUCCUGCGGUCUCGUGACAUGAAGGCAAUUUUGAUCGGACAUGUCCCUCCAGCGAGAUCGGGGCCAAAACGGAGCUGGGAUGAGACGUGCUGGCAGAAAUAUACCCUUUGGGUGCACCAAUUCCGAGACGUUAUAGUCGGUAGUGUCUAUGGUCAUAUGAACAUUGAUCACUUCAUGCUACAAGACAGCCAUAAGGUGAAAAUCGCCGACACUAGCGACAACCCGGAAUCUUCGACUGCACUCGAUGAUCACUCGGGUGAGUUUUCGGCCCUCUCUCGUUCAAGUUAUCUCUCCAGUCUGAGAAAAGAUUGGUCUAAAUUGCCAUCUCCGCCUAAGCCCAAAUCGAACAAGGCAGAUUCUCUAGAGGAAUGGGCCGAUGAUGACGAGUUUGUACCCACCGACGAUGAUCGCCAUGCGCAAAAAUCGAAGAAAAAGCGCUUUCUCAAGAAGAUCGGCGGUCCAUUUGCGGAGAGGUAUAGCGUGACGCUGGUGUCACCUAGUCUGGUACCGAAUUAUUUCCCUACCCUGCGGAUUGUUGAAUACAACAUCACUGGAUUGGAGGAUGCGGCUAUUUGGAGCGAUACGCAAGAGGAGUAUCUCGAGGUUGAAUCGCUUUCGGAUGACGACGACGAUGCUGUCUCCAUCGACAAGAAAAAGAAGAAGAAGAAGAAGAAGGGAGGGAAGAAGAAGCCUCCUAAUUUCAAAGUCCCAGAGCCCCCGUCGAAAUCGGCUCCCCCAGGUCCAGCUUAUUCGAACCAACCCCUUACCUGGUUAAAGUAUACCCAAUACUUUGCCAACCUCACAACGAUCAACGAACAAGUGUCGACAGCCUCCGAGCAGUCGGACAAUUCAAGCGUGACGGGGACCGGUAAACCCAACUUUGACGACAUUUUCUCUUUUGAAGUUGAAUAUGACACCAGGGACGACCACACCUACAAAAUGAAAGACCUCACCGUCCGCAGCUUCUUCAAGUUAGCCACGCGCAUUGCGGAGAAUUACUCGAGCAAAAGAAAAAGCAACAGCAACGAGAUUGACGCGGAGGGGAAGAAGAAGAAAAAGAAGAAGUCCAAGACUAACCAAGUGUGGCGGACGUUUCUACAACGAGCGUUCGUCGGAUUCCUGGACGAUGACGAACUUGACGACAUUGAGACAUGA